GGAAGUUUAGGUUUGUAGUAGGAUUGAAAUUUAAAGCGGUGGCUUCCCGACGGCCGCGUAUUCGCGUCGCUGAAUCGGAAGUAGAGAGUAAGGUAGAGCUUGAUCGCCUUCGCGUUAGGUCGCCUUCGGAAGAUGGGCGCUGGCGACGCAGAUACAGAGGAGCUUUUUAAGAGCAAGAAGCGGGCGAAUCCGUUCGUCCCUAUCGGUGUACUCCUCACCGCUGGUGUACUCACGGCUGGUAUAAUUAGCUUCAAGCGAGGAAAUUCCGAGCUGGGUCAGAAGCUGAUGAGAGCUCGUGUUGUGGCUCAAGGUGCUACAGUUGCAUUGAUGGUCGGCAGCGCUUACCACUACGGUGAAGAGAUAAAAUUUUUUAGGAAAACAAAUUAGUCGAUACUAAAAUGCAGGAGCAUUUUGCAUUUUAGUUGGCCCUUCCAACUCCAUCAUACCACAACAUUCUAUUUCUACCAGCAAAUCUGUCUUGUUUUCAAGAAGAUGAAGCCAACCAAAACAAAUGGAGAAAAUGGUGGCAAUGGAAAUAAACAUACUAUUUGUUUUGGUUAUUGUAGACUUUAUAUAUGGCAGAUUGAUAUCCAUUUUCCCCCUUUGCUUUGGUCUCCACUCUCCAUUGGAUCAA